CCGACGACGCACUCGGUUGCCGUCGACAGCCGUAUUACGCACACGUCGGUACCACCGCCGCCGAAGCCGAGCGGGACGACUCGCCGGCCGACAUUCUUGUCCGGACUCUAGAGAGCUUCGUCUUCGCCGCCGUCGGACCACCACCGGGGACGCCGAUUUCAGCCAUGGCCCGGUCACCGGUGACCACCAAGCUGCUCCUGGGCCUUUACUCCUUGUUCUACUCGUGCACGAUCGCGCUCGACGCGAUCGUGGACAGCGUUACAAUCACGGACCAGAGGGUGCCGAGUGCGGUUCUAAACGGUACCGAGUACGUCGUGUUAGACUGCGUGUACAAGGUGAAACCGGAAGAGGCCGAAGGGUUGGUGAUUACGUGGUAUUUCAACAACAGUCCCAGCCCCGCUUACCAGUGGAUACAGGGCCAACCACCCCGGGCCAUCGGUCCGCUGAAAAACCACAUCCGAUUGGGCUACGCCGCGCCCACCGACGACGCGCUGGCCAAAUACCGCGCACUGUACAUCAUCAGGCCGACCACCGGGCUGACCGGCAACUACAAGUGCGUCGUGUCUACGUACAACGACGAGGACUUUAUGAUUAAGAAGAUGAUUGUUUACGCGCCUGGCCAACAUAUGCACAUGAAACGCACCAAAGCCAACGACCAAGCCAUGGUAAACAUAUCUUGUACGAUUUCCAGAGUAUUUCCUAUGCCUAAGAUGCAAAUGUACAAGCUCGAAACAAAUGGAACAGAACACAGUUCUUUGCCUAUUGAGAUAUUGGAUUAUCAAAACGAUGGCGCAUUUGAUAUCACAAUAUCGACGUUGUUCUCCGAAUCCGAAUUACCAUCGCGAACAACAUUUUUUUGCGAACUCAUCAUACCGAGUACUCCAUACAAUAUCACAAAACGAUUUGUUUAUUACCCUGGUAACACCGAAAGUUUGUCUGCUGAAAAUGCUGCAUGGUCAAGAAAAUUUUCUCAAACUCUAAAAUUUACAACUAUCGUAUGGUUAUUUAUUGUCAUUUCAUACUGAAGAAAUCCAUAAUCAUAUCAUUAUUAUUUAGUAUUCAUCGAUUUUCAUGAGUCACAACAAUUAUUAAUUACAGUCUCAUCUAAAUAAUUAUUAUCCGAAAAUUUUUCAUUACUUAUAAAUACAUAAGACAGACGUAACGACGUUGUUAAAUUAUGUACGCGUAAUAUGACGAACUAUUUUAAUUAUUUACAGAAUAUACGUACAAAAAAAUCAAGUUUGUAUUUAUUUAGAUAAUAAAUUAUUUUUAAAAAAUUAUACCUUAACAAUAUAAAUUCCAUGAAACCAAUUUUAAGUUAAGGCAGAUUCAAAUGUUGUAAUCACUAUAUUGAAAAUGAAACUUGAUUGAUAUUUUUUUUAUGUUCAUAUACAACAAGGCGGUAAUAAAUAAUUAACUUAUUACAGUACAAUGGAAUUUUACGUUUAUACGCACAUUUU